AAGUGAGUUUGUUUAACAACAUAUAAUUUUAGUUUUUGUUAUCAGUGUUGCGAUAACCGUGAAAAUAAAAUUAGAUUUAGAACAGUUGGAGCCUUAACCCCCCAAUAACAAUGAAAGUAGAUACACCUGCUGAAGAAGGCAAAACAGAAGCUGGUGAUAAUGAGAAAAACGAUAAAAAUGAAGAAUUCAAAACUUGUACUUCUGAUAGAAUUCCAGUAACAAAUGUUGCAACAAAUCCAUUCGCUAGUUCGCAGAAUAAAUUGGUAACUCGUGGCAUUUUGAAGCCGCCUCAGUUGAGUCUCAACAACGCUAAUAAUUCCGCAAAACCGUCAGUUGUUCUAAACCCCAGUCGACUAAACCCGUUUGCUAAGCCGUCGUCAAAUGAGAACUCCAAGGAAGAGAAUAAAACGGUCCAAUUGAAUGGCGAAACACCAAAAUUCGUACCACUCGUGCAAACCGAACCAAAAACGAAUUCAACUCAACCGGUGGUAACAACAGCGAGCACGACACUUUCCACAACAUCCUUUGUUUUUGGGCAAAAUCUUCAAGAUCGUGUUGUGGGCAGUGAAACGAAGUCAGACGAACCCAAACCCUCGACGAGUUUAAACUCGAAUGGGACGUCGGAAAUGUUGUUUAGCAGCGCUAUCAAAAGUGAGGGGAAAACCGACGGAACUAUCACCAGUAAAGAAACGAAAUCGUUGAGCGAGUCUGCGAGAGAGUACGAGGAGUCGAGGGCAAACAAGAGGAAGUACGAAGAGGUGGAAAUCAUAACUGGGGAAGAAAACGAAACGAAUAUUUUAAACAUUAAUUGUAAAUUAUUCGCGUUUGAUAAAGCGUCUGGGAGUUGGCAAGAGCGGGGUCGAGGGGUUUUAAGGCUGAAUGAUUUCGAGGGCGACGGACAUGUCCAAAGUCGACUGCUUUUCAGAACCACGGGGAUUUGGAGGGUUAUAUUGAACACCAAAAUUUGGGCAGAAAUGACUGUAGAACAGGCUAGUGAAAAAAGCGUGCGGUUCACGGCGAUGGACCCACAAGGUGUGAUCAAAGUUUUCCUCGUAAUGGCUAGUAUUGAAGAUAGUAAACAACUGUAUUCCCAGAUCCAGCUCAGAGUGCAGAAAGAAAUAGCAGCCCAAAAACAUAGAAAACUUAAUGUAGAUAAAGACUCAGGGGGCAAUUAAACUGUUUGCUAAUAAAAUAUUUUCACGGUACCAUUGUGCAGAGUUCAUUUUGAUAACUACAAAUGUGAUGUAAAUUAAGUUUUAAUCUUUAAACAGUAACGUUUUUACAGAAUUUUUGUCACGCUCAUCGAUUCUAGUUAUUUAAAAUCUGAAAAUUAUGAUUUAAUUGAAUGUGUUAUAUUUUGUAAUGAUAAGCAAUAAAACUUUGAAAAAAG